UGGGAUGAACACACAUCUAGUCUGCCUUGAGGGCAGCACCACACCAUACACACACACAGUUUGCCAGUUAGAUUACAUUAAAACGUACACGUAGUCAAUAAACACAAUGGAACACAGAGUUGAGUUAUUGUUGCAACAAGAGGAGGAACACAAAUUGGCACGAAGAUCGGAUCACAGUGCUGACCACAAAUCGGAGAAUGACGAGCCCCAUCUGACGCUCCAGCUCAAGAAGCACUACGAGACAGAGGCGGAGGUCUUGGGGUUCCUCGUGGACCUGGAAACCCGGUAUCGGCAGUACUACGAUCUAUACCAGUGUGAAGUGCAGGCCCAAAAGAUACUUAUCGAACGAAUUUGGCUGUUAACCCAGCGCUAUCUCAUUCUGAUCAGCUCGGAGCAGACCAGGUAUCCCGAGGUGUACACAUUGUCGACCGAAGAGGCCAUUGUCAACGAGUACGAGGAGAAGUUGGAAGUGGUGCGAGCCUCCAACAACACCUUGAAAAACUCCCUACUGGAAGUAAACCAGCACUGCAAGAAGUUCUAUGCCGCAUACGAGCGACUGGACAAGAGCCGGGAAACACCGUUCUUAAUGGGUGACAGCCACCACAGAAGCAUCAAGUACCAUAAGAUCAUGGCCGUCGACAUAUUCAACUAUUUGUACGCACUGGUGCUGAAGCUGAAGUGCUACAUGCAUCAGCUGGACCCCGUGAACCUGGAGAGUGUUGAGGAUUACCGUGAGUUGCUGCAGAACGAGUCCGUGAUGGAGGAGUUCGACGAGUACCUUAAGGUGCACUUCGUCUACUGCAAGUGCCUGCAACCGUAUCCAACUUGCCCGAUCCUGAAGCUCAAGUGCUCCCACCAAAACCUUGUAAAUUUGAAGUAUGUGAGUCGCAUAUAAUUAGGACAAUAAAUGGAAGCCCUUUAACAUUA